AAGCGCGCGUAGGAACGCUACAGCAAUUCCUUUGCUGCCCUUCCUCUCCUUCGACGGUGACAAGGCCUGCCAUCCCUUCUUACUAACUUUGGGCCGUCAGGCAGUUGGUUGGGACCCGCUCCAACCCUAGGUACAGGGCAGGAUUAGGUAUAGGAGGAGCCCAACUGGGGUAGGGGUGGAGCCACCUGUUCACUGCUUCAGGAUUCAGAACCUGACUAGGAAGGAUCGGCUGCUCAAGGGUAGCUGGGACUGAAGUCCCUAUGACCUUUUCACUAGAGGCUAGCAUUCUGGAGGACAGUUGGGACUUGGUUUCUUUUUUCUUAAACUUCUGGCCUCAAGUGAUCCUUUUACCUCAGCCUCUCAAAGUGUCGGGAUUACAGGUUUUUCCUGCAAUACAGUGGAUACAAUUUGUCAUGGCUACUCUGAGUGUUAUAGGUUCAAGUUCACUUAUUGCCUAUGCUGUAUUCCAGAAUAUACAGAAAUCUCCAGAGAUAAGACCACUUUUUUAUCUGAGCUUCUGUGACCUGCUCCUGGGACUUUGCUGGCUCACAGAGACACUUCUCUAUGGAGCUUCAGUAGCAAAUAAGGACAUCAUCUGCUAUAACCUACAAGCGGUUGGACAGAUAUUCUACAUUUCCUCAUUUCUCUACACCAUCAAUUACAUCUGGUAUUUGUACACAGAACUGAGGAUGAAACACACCCAGAGUGGACAGAGCACAUCUCCACUGGUGAUAGAUUAUACUUGUCGAGUUGGUCAAAUGGCCUUUGUUUUCUCAAGCUUGAUACCUCUACUAUUGAUGACACCUGUAUUCUGUCUGGGCAAUACUAGCGAAUGUUUCCAAAACUUCAGUCAGAGCCACAAGUGUAUCCUGAUGCACUCACCACCAUCAGCCGUGGCUGAACUCCCACCUUCUGCCAACACAUCUGUCUGUAGCACACUUUAUUUUUAUGGUAUCACCAUUUUCCUGGGCAGCUUUGUACUCAGCCUCCUUACCAUUAUGGUCUUACUUAUCCGGGCCCAGACAUUGUAUAAGAAGUUUGUGAAGUCAUCUGGCUUUCUGGGGAGUGAACAGUGGGCAGUGAUUCACAUUGUGGACCAGCGGGUACGCUUAUACCCAAUGGCCUUCUUUUGCUGUUGGGGCCCAGCUGUCAUUCUGAUGAUCAUAAAGCUGACUAAGCCACAGGACACCAAGCUUCACAUGGCCCUUUAUGUUCUCCAGGCUCUGACGGCAACAUCUCAGGGUCUACUCAACUGUGGAGUAUAUGGCUGGACGCAGCACAAAUUCCACCAACUAAAGCAGGAGGCUCGGCGUGAUGCAGAUACCCAGACACCAUUAUUAUGCUCACAGAAGAGAUUCUAUAGCAGGGGCUUAAAUUCACUGGAAUCCGCCCUUACUUUUCCUACCAGUACUUCUACCAUUCUUUGAAACUACAAUACUGGAACAUCAGGAACUGGAGUUAUUCUGCGCUAAUGGAUUGGAAAGAAUGUUGGGAAAGGACAUCUUAAAUCUUUUCUAACUAUGCCCUAAACUGCAGAACUCAAAGGAAAUAUAGUGCCAUUGGUUGGUAGUCAUUCUAGGUGAACUGGCAGUAUCUCUGCAGUUAUUCCCAGAUUUACUAGUGAUCCUUAAAGUCUAGGGGUUCAGGGAGAGGAAGACACUUUCCAUCUCAGAGAUAGACUCAUGUUACCUUGAUGAAUAUUAGAUUUGUCUAAGUCUUUUCUAGAAAAAAUAAAUUCUAGAUUAUUAUUUA